AUGGCAGAUGCUUUCCCCAUUGAAAAUAGUAUACCGUCUAUCCCAGCUUCUUAUUAUGAGAACUUUUUAGAAAGUUUAGCUCAGAUAGUUUCAAAACUGUUAACUGAUCAAGAAACUGAAAGAGUUCUUUCCUCUAUUCGAACGUUUCAAGAAAAGUUGAAACGACUUAGCAGCCAAAACUUGAAUCGACUCAAUUUAGAAAUUUCUAAUGUUGAAAAAGUAAAGACUAAUCUGUGUCAACAUGAAGGAAAGACAUGUACUCAGAACUGUACAAGAGGCUUUAUCAAAACUUUCUCUGUUACAUUUGUAGUAAAAUUCUUGAUCGGUAUCUUACCUAGUCUUAUUACUGGCAAGAUAUUAAAAAGACCCCACAUUUUAAAACAAAUGGCAGGAAGUACCUUUAUUAGUAGUUAUAAAGGCAUUUUAUGUGCUCUAAGAAAUUAUAGAAAGACAAAUGACAAAAGAUCUGACAGAUUGAAUGCGUUUAUAGCAGGUACUAUAGCUGGCCUAUCUCUUGCGCUUGACCGUGAUAAACAUAGAAGACAGUCGAUUAUGCUUUAUUUAUUUACCAGGGCUCUUCAAUUUAAUGGCGCUUGGAUAAUGAAACAAUGGGCUAUUCAACGUAUGAAAGCACAUCCUGGUGAGCAAAGAUGGGAUGAUUCCUUUGCUAAAUUUAUUUCAAAGUUUGCUGGGAUAGCUGUCAUGAUGAUUGCCAAUGCUCAAAUUAUUUAUGCCUUCUUAUUCAAUCAUAACACAUUACCAAGAUCUUACUUUGAGUUCUUAUUAACACAUUCAGGAUUUAGAAAGAGUUAUGGUAGUAUGGCAGCUCGUAUUGCGGAGGCUGUAGGUAUUACGGUACAUCAAUUGGUUGAAGAUCAAAUACCAGUUACAAUUCCCAAAAAUAAUUCAAGUCGAGAAUUUAUUUCUCAUUAUGUAAGUCCUAAUAUUGCUUCCACGUUGAGCUCCAAGGUACAUCACAAGUAUAUUAUGUGUGCAAUUCAACAUCCUAUGAGAGAAAGCUGUACGAUAGAUAAAUUUGUAUUGUUUAAAGAUGAAUUUUUGAGGUCGCUUAAGCUAUAUAUUCCCUUGAAUAUGCUAUAUCUUAUUCAUCACGAUACCUAA